AUGGCUGGUCUUGUGGACACGCGCCUGCUUGGACGACCCAACAAGUACUCAGGCAACCGCGACGAGUUCCCGACCUUCAGAUAUCAGUUGAUCAGCUACUUGGGCGCCAUUGACCCGAGAUUGGCACAAGCGGCCACGACAGCAGCUACUCACGGCAACGUCAUCACGCUUUCAGAGAUGGGUGACGACAACAAGCAGUUUGCAGCGACGAUGGGAUACAUUCUAUCACAGUUGCUUGGAGGCAGCGCGUUGACCUUGGUGAUGAAUUGUGAGCCAGGCAACGGCCUGGAGCAGUGGCGACGCCUUUGUCUACGUGAAGACGCGGCCACUGGCUCCAACAAGGUGACGCAGCUGCAGCUUCUUGUGAACACAGAGUUUUCAGGCAAGUGGGAAACAUACGUCGAGGAGCUCACGAAGUUUCUACUGGACAUGAACCGAUAUCAAGAGAAGUUCUCAGAAGUGAUCUCAGACACCCUCAUCCAAGCCUUGAUCAAGAAGAACACGCCCGAGCCACUGAAGACUCAGGUGAUGAUGCAGACCUUCACGAGCCACCAGAUCCUACGGGAGACUUGCGAGGCCUUCGCUCAGCAGAUGAUGCAGCGCGACCCGAAGGUGACCAAGAAGAAGUUCGACCCGAACGCCAUGGACGUAGACGCUUUCGACAAGGGCGGCAAGGGCGAUUCCAAGGGCAAGGGCUUCGGCGGCAAGUCAGACCAGAAGGGCAGCGGUGGCAAGUCGAGCAGUCAAAGGAGUGCUUGGCAGAGUUCGGGCGGCAAAGGUGGCAAGGGCGACGGCAAGAACAAGAUGAAGAGCAAGAAGGGCGAGAUGAAGCUCUUCGACGGAUGGUGUUCGAAUCCCCACUGCGGCAAGUACGGGCAUAAGAUCGCGGACUGCAGGAAGUACGGCGGCGGCGCUUACCAGCCUGGAGGAGGUCAGCGAUCCGUUUCUGAGGCUAUGACGGAGAAGUGCAAGCUCACAGGCGAGCCAGGUCAGUCUCUGCGAUCCAUUACUGGUAAGGGUAUUCGGACUUGGGAUAAGCGGACAUUGACGGGUGAGGUCUUCGAUUCGAACACGUCGAUCCCUGCAAAGCUAGACGUCACGCCAGCUGGAGUUCGUAGAGGUGCCCUUUCAGUUGCAGAGAUGAAUGAUGCAGGUUAUUCGGUACACUUUGAUCCUGACGGAGCCAAGAUGUUCAAAAGCAACAAGAAUGUGCAGCACGAGAUAGAUAAAGCGAUCGAGUCGACAGUGACUUUGCGGUUGCGACGGAAGGUGAAUGCGUUUCUUCUUCCCAUGAAGUUCAAGGAUCCGACAGGCUACGAGUCCAUCAUCGGCGAUGUCGAGGACCACUCUGAGAAGGACGACGAGCAGAUGAAGGAGGAGCCUGUCGAGACGCAGCCUGUGGAGGUGCAGGACAGGAGGACAGGUUACCUCAUGGGAGUUGUCGUGGAAGCUAAAGGCAAUCAGAGCUACGCUAUAGCGGCCAUCAGCGAGUACCUGGACGAGCUGGGCUACAUGAGUAUGGAAGUUCAGUUAGACGGAGAACCAGCGCUGGAGGCACUCAUGAAUGGAGUGAUUUCGGAGCGUAUCAAGAAGCUCGGCAAAGAGGCAGCUGAAGCUCAACUUCGAGUACGGCUAGUUCCAAAAGGAAGCCACGCUUCUCAAGGUGGAGUUGAGAGUGGAGUCAAGUCGGUUGCAGGUCUUGCGAGGACUGGACGUUUGACUCUGGAGAAGCGUUACAACAUGAAGUUCGCUGAGGAUGUACCUAUCAUACCUUGGAUGAUUCGGCAUCAGAUAUUCUGCCACAACAGGUACCAGCGGAGGAGGAGCAGUGGUCGCACAUCUUUCGAGGAGCUCAGGUUGGCACCGUACACUUCACCCAUGCUGGAGUUCGGAGAGACAGUGAUCGGCAAGGAGCACACGGAGCUGCAGGACAAGCUGGGCACAGCCUGGUGCAAGGGACUGUGGCUGGGACGCAGUUCGAAGAGUGAUGCUCAUCUUAUCGGCACGGCGACGGGGGUAGUUCAGGCCAGGACAGUGAAGCAGCUGACGACUGAGGAGAGCUUCGACAUGGAGAUGCUCAAAGCCAUGCGUUGGACGCCUUGGAGGACCUCGGUUAGAGCUGGAAUCUACGAGGGCGAGAACUGGCUAACAACGGCGAGCAGCAAGCGCAGCGACCAGCAGGGCCAGAACCAGCACAAGGUCAAGAUCCAGUUGAAGCCGUUCGUCGGGAGGUGCAGAAGAUCGAGAGGAGGCUUCGAGGCAAGCAGGGAGUACCAGCUCCAGGGGCACCCGCCAAGCGAGGAGCUGCUGACGCUGACCUCGGUGAAGGCGGCCCUGGAGGCCCACCUGGGAAUCGAGGCCUGGCUCGUGGCGGGCUUCAGCACGGAGGAGAUGAUGAGGCUCGUGGGCGAGGUCGACAAGGAGCUAAAGGACGACAGCGAGUUCAGCAUCGUGAUGGGCUGGACCGAGAACGACGAGUGGGGUGCGAAGCAGUGCGAGCUAGAUCGGUUCGACAACUACGACGUGUGGGAGCUCACGCUGAGGGACCCUCACGGGCCUAAGGCACUUACGUGGACUUGGGUUUUGGAGAUGAGGAGUGGCGAGCUCAAGGCUAGGCUUUGUGCGCGACCAUUCGGCAAGCAGGUCAACAAGAGCAAGAAUGAGCUGUACUGCCCUACUCCACUUUCAUUCUCACUCAAGUUGCUCAUGGUCUACGCUAUCGUUAAGGAUUUCGCCAUCUUCUUUUUCGACAUAUCUCGAGCGUUUCUGUACACGCCGAUUCGAGAGUUGGUGUACGCAGAGGUUCCGAAGGAGUACUGCCAUCUUCCCGAUGGAUCAGAUUGGGUUUUCAAGCUCAAUAAGACCGUCUACGGACUUAACGAGGCGAUGAUCGAUUUCGACGACCACUUUGAGAACAUCGCUACAGGACGGAAUGAUGAAUCCAAGAUGACGUUCAAGAGGUUUCUUUCUGACCCGUGUACGUUUGCAGACAAGGCUAAUCAAGUUGCUAUGUCCAAGCACGUUGACGAUGGCACGCUGGUGGGACCCAGAGUUUCAGCCAGCAAAGUGUUGGAGGAACUCGGCACACAUUUUCUACUCAAGGUUUCGGAGCUCACAGUCGGUGGUCCUGAGAUCAAGCACCUUGGACGUGGCUGGCUCCGCACCCCCGAAGGCAUUCAAGUUCGCAUGUGGCCUGCUAUUGUCAAGAAGCUACUCGACUCUGAGCCCAAUGAUAAGAAGACGAGCCCAAUACCAGGAGUCAAGAACGAGAAGAAGGUCGAGAGCGAGGAGGAGUUGGAUUCCAAAGCGGCCACAAAGUUCAGGAGCGUCAACGGCCUCAACAUGUUCGUGUGUUUGGAAAGGCCUGAGUGUCAGUACGCAGCGAAGGAGUGUUCGAGGGGGAUGUCACGACCGACGGUGCAGGACCAGACGAGGCUCACGCGCAUCAUCAGGUUCAUUCGAGCUCACCCGUCUUCAGUCACGCGCAUGUAUCCAGACAGCGGCGAUUUCAAGAUUAUCGGACGUGCAGACUCUAAUUGGGCGGAGGAUCCUAUCGGGAGGAAGUCUACAAGUUGUGGUCAGUUGUUUCUCAAUGGAGCUAUGAUCAUGCAGUUCGUCAAGACUCAGGGGGCACCAGCACUCUCGUCGCCCGAAGCUGAGUUUAACGCACUCGUGCAUGUCGGGAUUGAGGCGAGAGGAGCACAGACUUAUCUCAAGGAGCUCUUGGACGAAACUGUACCAGUGACGCUGGAGAGUGACAACUCCAGCGCUCUCACGAACGUCGAGAAGAAGGGAGUUGGCAGGAUGGGGCACAUCGAGUUGAAGGAUCUGUGGAUCAAGGACCUAGUCGCACGCAAGGCGGAGACGAAGGUCAGCACGAGCAAAGUUCACACCAACGAGAACACCGCAGAUAUUGGGACGAAACAUCUUUCGAGGAUCGAUUUCAUGAAGCACCUGACGGCGAUGAAGGUAUGGCUCACUGGGAAAGGUGAGGUUGGUGAAGUAUCAAGUUCGAGCAAUGAGAAGAAGGGCCAGAUCGGUAAGCCGGCGCUGGAGCUGAUGGGAGCACUUACUCAAUGCUUGGUGGGUCUUGGUGCGUUUCUUCAACUUGGACGCGCGGGCGCUACUGAGUUGGUGGAGAAGGAGUUUCAGCCAGUCGCGAUCUCAAGCCCUGCAGAUGAUGAGAGCCAUUUUGGCGUUUCCACAACGGUCGUGAUGAUGAUACUCACCCUUUUAAGUGUUGUCGCAACGAGUGCAGUCUUCAAAGUCAAGCAGCACAUCGACCGUAUCACGCAGCCAGCACAGAAAGAUGCCUCAACUCAGUACAGCCUGAGGGACACGAUGAAGAAUGGAGCUACGAGCAAGAUCGUGGUCAAUGAUCUUCGGGCUAUGUUCACAGCUAUGACUAUAGACAGUGGACGGGAGUUUCUACGACUACGGCGAGUGGAUCGGGCCGUCUCGACAUACACGAAGGCAAUGGUGGUCGAAGCAUGUGUGGCGACCGCCAUCGACGACAUAAAGCAGGACAAGAUCUACAGUGUUGAUGGGUUUGUCGGGAUUUGGCACCCUCACUCGCUGGCUAUGAUUCGAUAUUGA